AUGCAUCAUCAUCAUUAUCCACUAUUUCUCUCCCUCUCCCUCCUCCCCGUCUUCCUCCUAACCACCACAUCCCAAAGAACCGCCGAAUACAUCAAAGCCAUCGACCCUCUCCCCGUCCCCUACCCCGUCCUCGUAGACUUCACCGCCCCCUCUCUCUCGCUGUCCGACCUAACAGCCCCUAAACUCGACGAGGUCAACCGCACCGUCUUCGAAUGGUGGUACUUCGACGCCAUCUCGUCCUCCAACCCUAACGUCUCCCUCGUGCUCACCUUUUUCACCGCGACGGCCACCGCCUUCCCCCUCGUCCCGGCCAAUUCCUCGUCCGUCUUGCUGUCCUACGUCUGGGCCAGCCUGCCGGAUGGCUCCGUGGUCGUCGAUCAUGCCGUCCCGGGCGAUGCGACGGUCCUGGGCGAUCGGGAUCUGAGCUCGGGGGUGUGGGAGGGGACUGGCGGGUGGCAGGGGAGUGCCUGCUCGAAGCCCCGAUCCUUCGAUCUCUCGCUCCUUCUGGGUCCAUAUCUCGGCUGGGUGGAUAUUGUGCCUGCGUCGAAGGCGACCGUGGAUAUGAUCGUUGAUGGCGAGGCGAUGCGGUUUACGGGCUUUGGGUAUCAUGAUAAGAACUGGGGCUCCCGCCCCUUCCAAACCCUAAUGACCAGCUGGUCCUGGGGCCACGCGCACAUCGGCCCCUUCUCGCUCGUCUGGUUCCAAUACACCCCCGCCACUGGGCUCGGCCACGCGAACUCGACCGCCCCGGUGGUCAGCGCGUACGUGGAGCGCAACGGGACGGUGCUGGUGUCCGGGUGCGAGGCGGGGAUCGUGAGCGUCAAGGAGAAGCGCACGCAGGCAGGCGGGUACGGGGUGGAGGUGGGGAUGGAGAGGGUCAAGGUGCAGGUGCAGGGGACGGCGCAGGUGGCCGGGGAUGGGGCGCAUUACGUGCGAUGGAAUGGGAGGGUGGUGGGGAGGUGCUGGGGGAGAAGGUCGAGGGGGGGUUGCGGUGUUUGA